GUGUGUGUGUGUGUGUGUGUGUGUGUAGGAGGGGGGGAGCUGUCCGAGUGGAGCUGGUGCUGUUGGGCUCCCUCUCUCUAUCUGUGUGUGUGUUUGUCUCUCCGCUGUUCGCGAUGGAGGAGGAACUGAAAUGCCCGGUAUGCGGCUCGCUGUUCACGGACCCCAUCAUCCUGCCGUGCUCGCACAAUGUGUGCGCGGGCUGCGCGAGGAGCAUCGCCGUGCAGACCCCCGACGGCGAGACCCCCCCUCACGCGGCGGCGACACACGGCCGCCUGGCUGCCUCGGCGGGAGCGCCGGACUACGACUACCUGGACGUGGACAAGAUGAGCACGCACAGCGAGACGGACAGCGGCUACGGCUCGUACACGCCGUGCGCCAAGUCGCCGAACGGCGUACGCGUGUUCCCGCCGCCGGUGCUGCUCGCGGCUCGCCACUGCUCCGUCACGUGCCCGCUGUGCCACCGCAGCGUGUCGCUGGACGAGCGCGGGCUCCGCGCCUUCCCGCGCAACCGCCUCCUCGAGGCCGUGGUGGCGCGACACCGGCAGGGCCGCGCGCGCGCCGUCAAGUGCCAGCUGUGCGACCGAAACCCGCCCGACGCCACCGUUACGUGCGAGCAGUGCGACGUGUCCUACUGCAACGCGUGCCAGCAGAGGUGCCAUCCCGCGCGCGGACCGCUCGCCAAGCACCGGCUCGUGCCGCCCGCCGCGCUCGCGCAGCAGCAGCAGCCCGCCGCCAGCAGCGCAGGCGCAGCCAACUGCACGGUCAACGUUGCUGUGGCCACGACAGCGCGCGUGCCCUCCACCUGCGUGGAGCACGAGGCGGAGAACUACAGCGCGUACUGCGCGAGCUGCCGGACGCCAGUGUGCUAUGUGUGCGUGGAGGACGGCAAACACGGGAAGCACGACGUGAAGCCGCUGGCGGUGAUGUGGAAGCAGCAUAAGUGCCAAUUGUCCCAGGCGUUGAAUGGAGUGUCUGAUAAAGCAAAGGAUGCCAAGGAGUUCCUGGUGCAGCUGAAGAACCUGCUACAGCAGAUACAGGAAAAUGGAGUGGAGUUUGAGGCGUGUCUGGUGGCUCAGUGUGAUGCCUUGAUUGAAGCUCUCACGCGGCAGAAGGCCAAGCUGCUCACCAAGGUCACUAAGGAGAAAGAGAGCAAACUGAAGACGGUGAGAGACCAGAUCACCCACUGCACAAUGAAGCUCAGACAGACCACAGGGAUGAUGGAGUACUGCCUGGAGGUCAUCAAGGAGAACGAUCCCAGUGGCUUCUUACUGAUCUCAGAUGCAUUAAUAAAGCGUGUGCAGGCGUCUCAGGAUCAGUGGGUGAAGGGGGCCUUGGAGCCCAAGGUCUGCCCUGAGUUUGCGCUCAGCAUCAACACUGACCCUCUGAUGCAGAGCAUCCUGCAGCUGGACUUCACACAGGGCAAAGAUGGUCAGAAGCCUGCAUUAAUGAAACAAAUGCAUGCAGGGGUCCAGACAGAAAUGGAGAGCACAGGAGACACUCCCGCGGUUCCUCCCGCACCUCUGCUGCAGCUGGAGAAAUGCUGCAUGCGCAACAACAGUGCCACACUGGCCUGGAGGAUAACUGCAGUGCAGGCACUGCCCGUGGAGGGCUACAUCCUGGAGCUGGAUGAUGGAAAUGGUGGACAGUAUCGGGAGGUGUAUGUUGGGAAGGAAACGGUGUGUACGGUGGACGGUCUCCACUUUAACAGCUCCUAUAACGCUCGAGUCAAAGCCUACAACUCCAUUGGGGUCGGGGCUUACAGCAAGACUGUGGUCUUAAAGACAUCUGAUGUUGCCUGGUUCACGUUUGAUCCUACCUCAGCACACAGGGACAUCGUCCUGUCAAAUGAAAACCAGACUGUGAGCUGCAACAGCUACGAUGAUCGCGUGGUGCUCGGAACCGCUGCCUUCUCCAAAGGUGUACAUUACUGGGAGCUUAGCGUAGACCGCUACGACAACCACCCGGACCCAGCGUUUGGAGUGGCGCGCAUUAACACAAUGAAGGACAUGAUGCUGGGCAAGGACGAUAAGGCCUGGGCCAUGUAUGUGGACAACAACCGCUCCUGGUUCAUGCACAACAACUCCCACACCAACAGAGCCGAGGGUGGGAUAACAAAGGGAUCCACUGUGGGGGUUCUGCUGGACUUGACCAAGCACACGCUUACAUUCUUUAUCAACAAAGAGCAGCAUGGCCCUGUGGCCUUUGAGAACCUGGAGGGAGUGUUCAUGCCUGCAGUCAGCCUCAACCGCAAUGUACAGGUGACCCUGAUCACAGGUCUGGAAGUGCCAAAGAACAUCAAGUAAUGACCUUUAACCUGUGUGGACGAUCUGCUUACUUCAGGGUCAGACAGCUGACUCUUUCUCUUUGAGAAGCGAGCCGGCGCUCUGUGCUGUUCGGCGGGAGAUCAAAGAGGACUUUUUAAGAGAAUAUAUAUUAUUUAAUCUUUUAUCUGUUUAUCUUUUAUCCACAGUUUUAAUUGCAUCUCAGUGUAUACAAUCAAAACUCCCAUGUUUACAGUCAACUUGCAAUAGGGAACCCAUCGGGAACAAUAAGUUGGGUCUUAAGGACAGUUUCACCUGUUUAUUCAAACGUCAGUAUGUGUUGGGUAGGAAUGAAGAACUUCACAGUCACACAGACAGUGUAAUACUAGUAUCCAGGUCCAAAAUGGCUAAGAAACUGCUUUUUAAACACAAGCCUUUUUGCUAAACAAUCUAUUAAUUUGCAUUUAUGGAACACCAUGUAUGAUUUUAGCAAUGCUGAAAUCUAAAAUUGAUAUAUUUUGUACAUUUAAAUAAUUCAUUUAAUAAUUAUUUACAUUUGACAAAUUUUAUUUUUGUUUUUUGUCUGGAUCAUUUAUUAAUUAGUUUCCUUAGAAAUAUCUCAUUUUCUAUCUCCUACCACACAAACCCAACUUUUGACAUUUUAAACAUUUGAAAGUUUAGAGCACACAGAACAGAACAAUAUGACCUCAAGAAAUUUUAGCUAUCUGAAUUCUUUUCCUCUCAAACUAUAAAUGUUGCCUGCUAAUGUUUACAUUUUUCAUUUUGGCUAGCUUGCACCUUUAAAUAACAAAACGUUAGUUAAAUGUAGUUAAACAUGGAGACCAUAAUGUGCACAUAUACUGUCAUACUGCCCACUUUCACUGAGAGCAUUAUACUGUGCUGGUGUUUUCUGUUAUUGACGUUAUUCACUCCUGAGGCUCCGUCUUCAGUGGCUGGAGUUUGAACAAACAGGCUGAAUUGUCCUACAACAGCUAUUCAAGAGUACCACAAGGUUAUCACACUACAUUCACUGCAAAACACAAUAUCUUGGCAAGUGGAAGAAGCUUAAUUGUAGGCAUUAUGUCUAAUAGAAUAUUAACAGAAUAGGCAUACAAGCACAUCAUUAGAUUUAUUGACAGAUAGUGAAGAUACUUUCACUUGACAAGAUACUAUGUUUUGCAGUGUAGCACAUAAUCUCAGGUUUAACAAAUUCUCAGUUGGCCUGUGGUCCAGACACAGAUUAGACGUUUUACACUGCCAGUGGAGAUUUUUAAAUAAAAUGUCCCUUUAGUUCAGUACUGAGCUCUGUCUGUGUCUGGAAAACUGACCUUUACCUGCAAACUCUGACAUGUUUGUAAGUGAAAUCAUCUUAGAUCUAGGAAAUUUGUCUAAUAUUUCUCAUUAUGAGAUUGCUGUAAAAACAGUCCCAUUGCAGGCAAUUUUGCUUGUAAGCAGUUAUACUUAAAAUACUAAAAUUUCCAGUCAUUCAGGAUGGUGUGAAAUUUACCAGUGGUGUUCACAGUGGCGGUAUAUGAAACAAGAUGUUUGAAGACUUAAAUGCCAUUCAUGGUGCCUUCAUAAGAAGUUAUUACACAAAGGAUGGGUGGGACCUCUGUAGGACUUUCCUGUAAAGACUCCUUCAUAGUAGCCCGUUGGUCACACAGAUGAAACAGUCUUAACAAGGCUUUGUGUUGACACCACAAGACAGAUUUCACCAGCGUACCAACAAUGUUCCUCUGAGUGCCAGAGUGUGCUAUGCUGUCUUUUUAUCAUUAUCAUAAUCAGUUAUAAUGAAACAAUUCAUUAAAACCAAAUAUCAUUGUAAUUAUCAGUCAUAACCACUUGAAAAUUCUAGUAUUUAAAAAAACUUCACUGAGAGAAUGCUGACUUAGCUGCCUGGUGCCACGCUGUGCUGUUCAGUUUGAUACCACUUUAAAGUCUGAGAAGGACACAUACCAGAAACUUACCAGAAAAACAAGCAGUGCCCUUCACAUUAUAUAUACACUGUCUGAUGCCUCAGACACCGUUUUAAAUUUAAUUCCAGAAAAAUCAGAUUUUGGUCUAAAACCUCUGUUUCAUAAUAUGUUUAUGGCAGAUGGGUACAUACAGGGUGUAUGGCACAAAAAUAUUUUAUUAUAUAAUUACUGCCAUUUUACUGCUAUUAACAUGGUUUCAUUCACCACCACUGUGAGGAAAUCCAUUUCUCAACUAGUCAAAAUCUGUUUUAAGAACUAUUUCACACCAAACGCGUGUUUGAAUGAUUUUUACUUAAAACUUAAAAAAAAGUAAAUACAUAAUUCAGUAAAAUAAACAGUGAUAUUCCAAUUUAAGAUGCUUUCACUUAUCAAUAUAUCAUUUUGUAUGAUGUCAAACCAUACAAAUGUUCUGGUACUCAAAAAAAUGUACAACAUACAGCUACACAUUGGUAUUCUGUAUAACUGAGUCUUGGAACGUUUACACGACUCUUGCCAAAAAAAACAAGUGUAAAACUCAAAGAGAUGUGAUGAGUUACUUUUCCAUGAAAUCAAAAUGAAAAAAAAAAAAAAGAAAAACAGAGAUUGCUUUGCUGCUAAAAGUUCUUCGCCAUAUCCAGUCAAGGUUUAGCCAGCAUUUAAGACUGAAGUCUUUCACACUGUGAUACAUAUUUAAGAGGUGAAUAGCAUUCCAUAGUAGAGAUUUAUCGAGUUAUUGCAGAUGUUAUGUUUAUGUUAACAACUCUAUUUGUCAGUUAAUUUAUUAAUUCUAACCUAUUUUCCUCCUGUAUGAUUUAUGAAAUGGGAAAAAACAUGUUCUUGUAUAGUUCAAAGGUAUUGUGAGAAACAUGCUAAGGUUGUUUUCUGCAUGGUAUACAGCUGUAAAUAUGGACAAACCAGUGGAGCCACUAUGCCCCCAGCAUGAGGUUUACAGUCUUAUAUUAAACUGGUGUUUGUAUAUAGUGUAAUCAGUAAUCAAAAGGAAAGUGGAGGAGCCUGUCCUCUAGUGUUUGGUUUAAGGUACUGCAAGAACUGACUUUAAGUUCUGUAGUCAAAUAUUUAAGCAAAUACUGCACAGAUUUGAGUCCGCCCUGGGACUUUUCUUUUAAUGUCUAAAACAAAACAGCAUUAAAUGAUAUAUAACACAUACAACGUUUUAUUAUUAGUUUUGAUAAAUCUUCUGGGGGGGAAAAACACAGGGACUGACAGCAUUUUAUGUUUGGAAAUCUGUACCUGAGGGGUAUUUCUAAAAGAAGGCUUUUUAAGUUAGAUUAGCCCAAAGUUCAGAUUGUCUAAUAGGAUGGUUCCUCAGGCCUUUUCAUACUGAACAGGCUUGACUUUGGGCUUAAAAGUUUCACAUUUGGCUUAAAUUUACAAAUCCUGCUUUGUGAUAAACUCCCUUAUAAUAAUAAUAAUAAUAAUAAUAAUAGCAAAUAUAUGAUUAGGGGUUUCUGCAUACAUUUACAAAGAUAAUGUGAACUGUAAAUUAUUGUAUGCGAUGAUGCGUGUUUUAAUCUAUGAAACUAAAAGUGACCACUCCUCCGGCUGCUCAGCACAUUGAUGAUCUAAUCAGAGAAAAGAGAAAACAUGAGCGAGAUGGACAUUAGUUGCAAUAACUGAGGGUGAAAGACCACGUAUGAAACUUCUCCAUCCAAGCCAAUAUGUUCCCUACUCACCACCAGUACUUUAUCCUGUAAACAGCAUAAUCCAAUCCAUUUAGCACCCCCACUCUUACCCAAAUCAGAGGCCACUACUUCCUCCUGCCCAAGUUUACCACAGUUCCACAGUUUUAUAUUCACUCCUCAAACCACAGUCAAUAAGCUGAACAUGUGGACUGGACUGAAAGAAAUGCUUACAGGAGUAUGCCAUCAUUUUGUAAUCUAAUCUCUAAUCUCUAACUGCUUCAUCUGUAUCUAACAGUCACUUAACACAAAGCAUUAGCUGUCAUUCAGGCUUUUAGCUAGAACUCAAAAUCACGCUUGUGGUUUGAAAUCUAAUGGAAGCUAAUGAACAAUUGUUUUAUUCCACUGCAUUUUUUUUAUAAUAUUGUCAGAUAGCUGUAGAUGGCUUCUGUUAUACUACUACUUUUGUUUGGAUGAUAUACUGUCCUAGAAAAAAAAAUGUCACUGUUAUUGUCAUUUUAAAAGCAAUUUUACACUACUGUUAUAAAGAUGAUGCUAUUACACUAUUAUAACGAGUUACAAACGUUAUUUAUUUAUUUUUAAAUAAUAAUAUUAAUUAUAUUAGAGUCUUCUUUUCUGUGCAUUACAGACAGAAAACAGCAUUCUUACACUUUUUUCCAUCACUGAAGGUACUUCAGGUCUGUAAGUGUUUAUGUGUUUAUUUGAGACCAUUGCUGUUCUUUUCUACUUACAAGAGGAUGUCAAAAUGAUUCUCUGAACUGUGUAGUGACUAUUAUUGUAUAGAGAUUAUGUUUAAAAAAUCUGGAAUACUCCUUUUAAAGCAUUUUAACUGUAACAGACAGAAUGUGUAAUUCAAAAAGAUCACUUGUGCAGAGCGUAAAUGAGAGAUCUGAGCUAAACUAGCUUUCUUUCAAGCACUUAAGCGUCUUAAAACAUGUUGUCCCAUCACUGACACGAGAGAUGACCUAUUACGCACAAGCCCUUCACAAAGCCAGAGAUAUUAAGCAGGAACUGAGGCGAUUUUAAUUAACACCAGGGUUUUGAUUAGCAGUCCAUAUGGUCUCUGACGGCUUGGAUUCAUCAGCUCCCCAAGCUCAGUAGGUGGUCAAGGAACCAGACAGCAAAUUACGGAUAGAUUCAGUGUCUAGAGCAGCGAAAGUGCCACCAAUUACAGCAGCUAAACACUCAAGCCAGAGCCUAUCAUUUAGCAACGGAUGAAUAUUUGAAAGUACUGGAAGCACACUUGCCUUCUGUUGUCUAUAAAUUCACCGGGAACAUGAUAAACAUUCACAGGAACAGUUUAGAACGUCCACAGUGACUGUGUGAUCACAGCUGGGGUAUGAUUAGAGUGUGUUUAUAAAGAGUGUUCUUUCCUUAAUGCUAAAAGUAUAAACAACAUACAAUUAUAUAAUAUCAUGGUGCUAAAAUGAAAGACACUACUGACUACUGAGGAUGUUAAAUUUAGGAAUAGUUUGGUGAACAAAUUCAUAUACAGUACAAACUCAAAUGCAGUCAAACGAGGUAUGGUUAUGUUUAGUGUCUGAAAUUUGCUUCCUCAGCUAGUCAGAAGCUGUGAGGCUAAUGUGGCUAACAAGUAACAGAAAGCCAAAUAAGCUAAAUUAGCUUUGUGCUAGCGUUAUGUUUUCUAUAUUUUGGUCAUGAUUAACCCUCCUAUUAUGUUCAUUUUUCAGAACCAGCGUGGUGUUCCCGGGUCAUAUUGACCCGUUGCAUGUUUAAUUAUCCAAAAGAUAUCUGAAAAAAAUCCAAACAAGCAGUGUGAAUAUGUAAUGACUAACUCAAUUGCUGAUUAUUAACAAUAUAAUUAAUAUUUAGUGCAAUAGGGUUCCUUACCUCUAACAGGUAAUGGUUCAAUUAGGAUAAUUCACUCGUUUUUCAUAAAAAAUACAGGUUCAAACUUUUUUUAAUGUUUCCCUACUUCAUUAAGCAGAAGAAACUUCAUUCUGAAAAAGUACUUUUAACUAUGUUUUUUAGAUCUUCAAACUUUUAGAAGGAGCCAAUUUGACCCGUAACAUAAGAGGAGGGUUAAAUUCUCACACACUCGCUUUAAUCUGUGUUUAGUAAACACUGUUAUUGUGGUACAUUAGCGUAGCUUAAAGUCAAGUAUGUUAGCAUAGCUGUACAUAAGAGUAGCAGCAGGACACCAAGUGGUCCAGCGGUUUAAACCCCUGCCACUAUGAUUGGGAGAUUGUUGUUUCGAAUCCCGGUCAUGAAGCUUGCCAUUAUCUGCCAGAACCUUGAGAGAGCACAAUUGGCCUUUCUCUCUCUGGGUGGGUAGAUGGCGCCCUAUCACCUCAUCAGCACAAGGCGUCUGUGAGCUGAUGUAUCGAAACCGAGUCACUGCACUUUCCUCUGAGCGUGCUGGAUACUCAGCAAUGAUGCAUCAUAAAAAAUAAAUUAAUAAAUGAAAGAAUAGUAGCAGCUGUACUGUACACUGAAGUUUAGUAUACUGUAUAUUGAUCAGAAGCUGAAGAAGCAAACUUCAAGUACUACAACAUAUAUUUUCAGCCUGACUACAUUUGCGUUUGUGUUGCUGUUCCUGUACAGGGAAAUUCUGCCGAUUUUUGAAAUUUCUGCAUUAUGAAAUGACUCCUGUACAACCAAAUUAGAGCAUAGUGUGUUUGGUGUGAACUGCUCAGAUCUAGAGAAAUUUACAGAGUGGUGUUGAAAUGAACCGGAUGCCUGAUAUCUGAGUUUAAUGCCACUAAAAGCUCCCUUACAUAAAGUUAUUACACAAAAUGAUUAUGAAUACACUGCUUUAUUAUUCCUUAAGUGUUACUUCAGGGGAUGGAUUUAGAAUGUUGACUGGUGUAGAAGUUGUGAGGUGUUAUCUUGUGAGUGAGCUUGAACACGGAACAACAUGACAAGGUGUUGUGAAUUAUCGUAUUUGGAGUCUAUUUUGGAGUAAAAUAGUCAGAUGGAUCUGACCAUUCUUUUUCUGAAGUUGUGCAGGUAUUUUGUUCACAACCACCCCCGGUGAACAGAACAGUUUUCAGUUUCUGGCUAGAAUUGUCUGUGCAACUCUAGCAGAAACCACAUCCACAUUCAAUGCAGGAGACCCCACACAUAUCUUGCAAAUCAAUGCUGAAUCAUUUAUCUUCCAUAUGCAAAACAAUGAAAAACAAUUAACCAUUUCACACCAAACCUCACACUGAAUCUGUAACAUUUCAACCACUGAGCUAUGCAGAAAUUUGAAAACAUGGGUGGAGUUUCCCUUCAGAAAACAUUGGAUUCUCGUGUAUUAUUUAUUUUUAUAUGUACAUUACAGUAAACUGAAGAUCUGUCUGACUCUGCAGUCCAUGAUAGACCACGUGUGAGGACCCUACCAGGUUCAAAAAAGAUCUUUUUCAUCUGAAACAUCAGACAAAGCACAUGCACGGCCCUGGGGAGCCGCGUAACCUCUCUUUGUACUGCGCCACAACAGAAGUAGGCCAUUAAUCUCAACACAGUUGUGCUGAGCCCUCUAGGGAAAUACGAGUGUGUGCGCGUGUGUGCGUUUUAGAUGCUGUGCUGCUUCUUUUUUUUCUAAAGCUAGUGUAUGUGGUUUCUCCUUUCCUCCUGCCAAUGUGAAUGUUUUGUACUUCUCUGUGGUUUGUAUAUUAAAAAAAUAAAUGAAAAUCUCA